AUGCCAGCCCAAUACGGGAAUCGGGCGGCCGACGACAUCACCGCGAUCGUGCCCGAUGAGAUCGGCGUGGACGAGGAGUCAGCGCUGAGCCCGGGAAAAGUCCAUGCCGAGAAGCGGGCGCAGGCUGGGGCGGAGAGCGGCGACAGCGGAGACAAGGAGUUCUAUCCAUUGUGGAAGCUGACCCUGGUGGCAUUGCCACAGCUCGGUGUGCAGGUAAUGUGGUGCUUCAUUGGGCCAAAUGCAGCUCCAUACAUGAACCACUUGGGUGUAAGCCCCUCCUUGGCGACUUUAAACAAUGUGGCCGGUCCCAUCACUGGCUUCUUCACAGGGCCGAUCAUUGGUGCAUGGUCCGACCGUCUGACCUCCAAGUGGGGGCGCCGGCGCCCAAUUAUCCUCGGAGGACUGAUUUCUACAUGGAUCGCGGGAAUGCUGUUCUCCGCCAGUGAGCAUCUCUUUGCUGACACAACUGCCAAGAUCGGAUUUGCGGUGCCCAUGUAUUGGGUGAUGGAUGUGACAAUCAACAUCCUUCAGACACCACACCGGGCGUUAGUCGCUGACUUGGCCUCCGUGGAGCAGCAGGUGCCCAUGCAGGUGGUCUUCGUGGUGAUCAUGGCGAUUGGGAACUUCCUGGGCUAUUCGAUCAUGCAGAUCUACAAAGUGCCCGUGGAGCACAUGCUGCAGCUAAUGGCCUUGAUUUGCGCCAUCAACACUGCCUGCAUCCUCGUUCAGUUUGCCGUGGCCAAGGAGGUCCCCCUGAAGCGUGCGGAGAAUGCCGCAAAGGGCGCCUGUGCUCCAGUAUUGGGCGUCCUGUCAUCGGUUCGAGGCAUGCCGUGCCUGCUGUACCAUUUGGCCGUGGUGCAGUGCCUUGUUUGGACUGGCAACACUGCCUGGACCUACUACUCUUCACAGUGGUUUGCAGACUCCGUCUUUCAAGGUGACCAACAUGCUCCAGAGGGCUCUGAGGCAAAGCUGAGAUACGGCGAAGGCAUGCAUGCCUUCAGCAUGGGUGGACAGAUGCGCUCGGGCUUUCAGCUGCUUGCAGCUCUGUCGAUCAUUGUGCUCCUGCUCAAGACAAGCCUUCGGCCACGCUUGAUCUAUGCUCCCUGUAUUUUCGUUGGAGCCAUCGUCAGCUUCCUUGCUGGUUAUAUCGUGGGCCACAACUCAGCUUUUGCCAUUAUCAUCUUCAUCUUCUCCAUCAUGCCGGAGACGGGAUCCUUUGCCAUCCCUUUUGGGCUUGUGGCAACCUUGAACAAGCGUGCGGAGCAGGAGGGCAAGCAGGUGAGCACUGCGCUGCAGAUGGCACUGCUGAACUGCUGCGUCACCGUUGGGCAGCAGCUCUGCCACGUCGUGACCGCAUCCAUCGAAACGCGCAUGCCUCUGGAAACAGCCCUGCCGGUUGCCUUCCUCUUUGCGGCAGGAGCUCCUUGGGUCCGCAGCUAUGACGGGUGUAUCGGUUUUUGGCAACGCAGCUAA